AUGAGUGUCCAUAUCGAGACACCCGAAAAAAUAAACAUUGCCGGGUGUCCAGCCAGUGUGGCACUGUAUUGUGCUCUGACGCAGCAGCGGGCUGCGGCCAGCGGGUGGACACAAUCUGGGGACGCCGAUUUUGUGAUUGGAGGUCUUGUAAGUGUCACAAGGCCAAGUCCAGCCUUGACGGAAAUUGUGACUCGUACUCAACUGGGGGCUCUGUUGCGUCAUGCCCUCACACUUGACACCACCUGGGGAGCUCCUUGGGCCCUUCAUGCACUUACUUGCCUUCUGCAGGAUAUUCUUGAAGGUGAGCGCUUAUAUGGCAGUGUAGUCAUGAACACAGAGCAACACAGGGAAGAAGUAGAAAACUUUGACAUCGCGAUGGAUGGUGCACGGGCAGCAGCAGCUGCUGCAGCAGCAAUCCCUUCAACAUCAGGAACUACCUCAGCUGCUGCUGCUGCUGUAGCAGGGCCAUCAGGAGCUGCAGCUGGGCAAUCGGGAUCCUCAGGACCUGCUGGGCCUACAGGGAAUGGAGUGGCACCGACUGUGAAUGGCACAUACACUACCCUGGAGGAAGAGGACAUACCUGGAAAAUAUUCCUUCCUUGACUUGGAAGACAGCUCAGAGAGUGAAGACAUGAUUGGGGAGUACCUUGCAGACAUGCCAGCCUUUGUUGGAGGGGCCUCGAACAACAGCAUUACCUCAUUUGAACUCGCAGUGUCAAAUGGCAAGGACUCCCGCAUCGGAGACUUGGUGGCGGGACCCCUGGCCAGCUCUCACCCUGGGAUGGACCACUCCACUGCUGUCGAUGCCAGGCUGGAGGCCGGAGUUUCACUCUUGUCUGAGCUUAGGCUGCAUAUGAUGGCUGCCGUCCACACAUCCAGGCUCAGUCUAGCUGUCACUGCGCCACUCAAGGUGAACAACGGCAUGUGGGGCGACACUGAAGUCUGUGGCCCUGGUGACUUGACAGGGAGCGUGGAACUCCUCACUGAUGUGUUCCAGAAGAUUCUCCUACAUCUGUCCAUGCAGUUUGACGGCAGCCACGUAGAAUCAGUGCUUGGGGUGGCUCAGCAUCAACUUGGAGCUUGCAGGGGGCAAGUACGCUCCCUCUGUUGCCCCAACUGUGCACCUAACACCAAGAGCCAUCUCAGCACUCUUGGCUGCAGUUGUCAGAAGUGGAAGCGUCAGCAUGCGGUGUUGGUGUCUUGUGCUGCAGACGCUUACACUCUGCUGCAACUAUACGCCACAGGAACCCACGCGCCACACCCUACCAGCGCUGAUCAGUACGACCAUGUAGACUUGACUGGAAUGUCAAUGAAUAUUGUGACAGACACAAACUUUGUCCCAGCACUUCAGAAGCUUUUGACUGGAUCAUGUGCUACAGGCUCUGAUAUGCGAAGUGAUGUGGUUGGGAGCACUGUUACGGGACUCCUAGAAGACCUCCUUGUCCGGCUUCGUGUGAGAUGUGACGUCAUCAGCGUGACCAGUGGGCCUGGCACAACCCUGAAACACGCCCUGCUAAGUCUUGUAGCUCGACUCUUGGAGCCUCAGGGGGCCAUCUCACUCGCCAUGGGACCCCUUGAUGCCCAGUGCUGUCUCCUGGGCACGCUGCUGUCCAUGCAUUACGAUGGCUUGGACAGAAUGCAUGUCCUCUUACUAUAA